AUGGAGCGGUCUCUUUCUUCUCUUGCAUUUAGAGGUUCUAUAGUAGAAGCAGUUGCUGAAGCAAAAUUGCAGAAAAAACUUUUUGUAGUCUACACUGCAGGUGACAAUCCAGAGUCAAAACUUUUAGAAACCUCCACAUGGUUCGAUCCAAAAGUUGUGGAGACAUUGUCAAAGUAUUGCAUUUUGUUACACAUCUUGGAAGGAAGCGCUGAUGCAUCAAAUUUUUCGGCUAUCUAUCCACAGUAUUCUGUUCCUUGCAUAACUGCUCUUGGAUACAAUGGUGUGCAGCUUUGGAAAAAUGAGGGCUUUGUCAGUGCUGAUGUUUUGGCUUCCAGUCUUGAGAAGGCAUGGUUAAGUCUCCAUGUUCAGGAGACAACUGCAGCUUUCUUGUCUGCUGCACUUGCUUCUCGAAACCAGCUUGCUCCUGGAACUUCUGGCCCUGCUUCAUCUGAGCAAGUGACUCUAGAGACGCCUGUAUCAACACAAUCAAAUGAUGGUGAUACUUUAUCUUCAGAUGUUGGACAAAUGUUUGAUUCUGGGGGAACAGAGGAUAGGAACAACAAAGAAGAUGUUUCUGAGAUGACACGUGACAACCAGGUUAGUGUGCCUCGUCCAGAACCAUCUGUGGCUAAUGUGACAGAUAAUGGUGAAAUAGAUGGGUCCAUUUCUCAAAUUGAAACAGAAAGUACACCGAGGAACUAUGACAGUCAAAGUGAUGCUAAAGUUGCUCAUCCUGUCUCACCAAAAAAAUUGGACUCUUUUGAUAAUUGUUUGGGUAAUAACCAUGAAGUUUCUGGAGAGAUGACUGAUACUGAAGUUAGCCAGGUGGGACAUGUUUAUACAGAGGUUGCUAAAGAACUUGAGAAACCAGAUGCUUCAGAUUCCUCUGCCGUUACGUCGAACGAUGUUUUCCUAAAUAUCAGGCUUCCUGAUGGUUCCAGCUUACAAGCCAAGUUUUCUAUGGUGGACACCUUGAAAAUGGUCAAAGAUUAUAUAAUCGAGAACCAAACAAGCAGCUUGGGCUCUUUCAGUAUAGCAAUUCCUUACCCUCGCAAGGUUUUCAAUGAUAAUGAUUUGGACAAUAUAUUAUCGGAAUUGGGUCUUUACAAUAGGCAGGCACUGGUUGUGGUUCCACAUAACAAAAGUAAUUCCCAUCACAGAGGGGGAUCAACGCCCCAUGAAGCUUAUUCCACAAACGAUGCUAACUCUUCUUUAAAUGCUAGUGAAGGAUAUUGGGUAUCCGUGAGAAGAAUUUUAUCUUAUGUGAACCCUUUUUCAUAUCUUAGCAGAAGUCGAACCUCCAUAAGUUCUGCCCAGGAAUCUCAAAUUGGCUUACGAGAAUAUGUGCCGGAUGCUUCACUUCAAAAUAAUGCCCCAAGGAAUGGAUCAUCCAACCAAGGUACAAUCCCAAGCAGCAAAAGUAGGCAGCAAACGAGCCGCUUUGGGGCUAAUAUUCACACCUUGCAACAUAAUGACGAUGAUGAAAGUCGGUUCGAUAAUAGAAACACCUUUUGGAAUGGAAAUUCCACACAGUUUGAUGGUAAUGAUGAUGAGCCCAAGUAA